CCAAGAAGAGCUGCUGCAGUCCCAAACGCGGCCGAUCUCAUGCAGGCACACGCGCUUGUGUUGCCUAGCCAUUUUAUUUAUUUAUUUUAUUUUAGGAGGGAGCCGAGUCCCAGUGAAAUCUCGAGGAACUCGGUAAACGCUUCGAGCCCUUGUGAUGAGUAACCAGCUCCAUUAAUGAUUGACAGGGAGACGCGCCGAUCUCCGAAGGGCCCCGAGCGGCGCCCAGAAGGCUCCAAGAUGGCGGCGCUGAGCGGCCGGGCGCGGGGGGCUCUCUGGGUGGCUUUACUGGCGCUGGGCGGGACUGCGCUGGCCCUGGUGGCCGUAGUCCUGGCCCGGACCUACGCCCCGCGAAGACCCGCGCCGGCUGCGGAGCUCUGGGCGCGGAGGAGCCGGCAGCAGCGCCUGGAGCCCGCGUUUAGUCCCCAAGAGCGGCGGGAGCUCAAAGAGGCGCUGCAAGGUGCCAUCAGAAUGCAAACAGUUUCCUUCUCACCAAAUGAUCAAAAUACAACAGCCCUGGCAGAAUUUGAGCCAUAUAUUCGUUAAGCCUUUCCUGCAGUGUUUUCUGCAGCAUUCAUUAAACAUGAAGUUAUUGGGGAAUAUAGCCACCUAUUCACCAUCCAGGGGUCUAACGCUCAGCUGCAGCCCUACAUGCUGAUUGCACAUAUAGAUGUUGUUCCAGCUUCUCCAGACGGAUGGGACGUCAGUGACCCUUUCUCUGCUGAGGAACGUGAUGGGUUUAUAUAUGGAAGAGGAACACUCGAUAACAAAAACUCUGUUAUGGGGAUUCUGCAUGCUCUAGAAUUCUUACUGAGACGAAAUUACAGGCCUCAAAGGUCUUUCUAUAUUGGCCUUGGGCAUGAUGAAGAGGUGGGGGGUCGAAAAGGAGCCAUGAAGAUUGUGGCUGAAUUGGAAUCUAGAGGAAUUCAACUUUCUUUCUUGCUUGAUGAAGGAAGCUUCAUCUUUGAUGGUAUUAUCACUGGAAUAGAGAAACCGGUAGCUUCAAUAGGUAUCACAGAAAAGGGUGCAAUUACAGCAAAUUUCACUGUGAUAUCAGAGCCUGGUCAUUCUUCUGCACCACCUAAGAGGACAAGUAUUGGUAUUCUUUCUGAAGCAUUAGCCAAGUUGGAGCAAAAUCCCAUGCCCAAUCUAUUUGGUCAUGGGCCUGAAAUCCUGAUGUUUGAGCAAUUGGCUCCAGAUUUCAGCUUCCCUCUGAAUAUCAUUAUGUCAAAUUUGUGGUUGUUUGGACCUCUUGUUGGCAGAUUUCUUGAACAGACACCUUCCAGUAAUGCCUUAGUUCGGACUACCACUGCAAUCACCAUGUUUCACGCAGGAGUCAAGUCAAACGUUAUUCCCCCAUCUGCAAAUGCAACUGUGAAUUUCCGCAUCCAUUCGUCACAAACAGUUGAUGAGGUCCUGGGCAUAGUAGACAAAACAAUUGAUGACCAGAGAGUAAAGAUAGAAAUGGAAAGUGCCUUUGAUCCACUCCCAGUGAGCCCCUGGGACGACCAGACCUUUGGAGUGCAGGUUUUCCGCCAGACCAUCCAGGAUGUUUUCCCAGAUGUUGGCAGUGUAGCUCCAGGUAUAUGUGUUGGUAACACUGACAGCAGACACUAUGGCAGCCUUACAAAUGCUAUUUAUCGAUUUAACCCAGUGAUCUUUAAACCCGAAGAUUUGCCAAGGUUCCAUGGGUUGAAUGAAAGGAUAUCUAUUGAAGGUUAUGAAAAGCAAGUGCAAUUUAUCUUCCAACUAAUUCAAAAUUCUGAUAUCAGCCAAUCCACAGAGCCACAUGCAAACCAUGAGUUGUAACUGUGAGCAUUACUAGGAAUCCGAAUUGCACAAAAACGCUACAUUCCACAUUGCCGUCAGUUUUGGAACAUAGCAUACAAAUUUAAUGUUGAAAGACUAUUGUACCGCACUCCAAUCAGUUGUGAAAUAUAAAAGCAAGCUUAGAACAAAUCACUUUGGAUCAAAAUGAACAUAUUGAACUUAUGCUAUGUUGUAUUCAGUAGUGGGCUGUGUGGGUGGUACUGUGUCGCUUCCCCAGCUCCCCAACCAGGGCCAUCUUAAGCACAUCCAGCGCCAUGACGCAAAGGUCCCUCCAGCGCCCCCUCCCUUUCUGGUGGGGUGGGGGCUGUUGGGAGAGAAUAGGGGGCAGCGGAGCACCAGAAAAUAAGGUGCAUAUAUAGGUGCACUUCUCAACUGCAAGAUCUUCCUUGCACUGCAAGUGGGCUGGACUGGAUGACCUUCGGGAUCCCUUUCCCACUCGACCUCCCCCUGAGGCCCAUUUGGGGACACCUGGCCACUCUCCCUUCCCACUUCCCCUGAAGCCACACAGCCGGCCUCCUCAGUUGGGGCAGGCGGGGAAAAGGGAGCCGAGGAGGCCGGUGGGAGGAGAUGCGCCACCACCGGCUGCCGAACGAGCUUCUCCCGCUACCUCCUGACGCGAUCACGGGGCGCUGCCGCGGGCCUGGCCGAACAGCUCCCGGAGGCCGUGGCCCCCGCACCAUGCCCGGGGCGCAGGAGAAGACUCUGCUCCCCAGCUUGCAAGGCCUCCAAUAGAGGAAUCUGUAUGAGGAGGCCCAUCUCUUUCCCUUUCUCUCUCUUCUCCUUUCCGUCCCCAGCCGAGCCCCGCCUCUCAGCCGGGCUGGGUGGAGGCAGAGCCCGCCCGGCACCAUCUGCUGAAGACGCUGGGUGCUGCCCGAGCCCAGCCGCGUCUCCCUCUUCCCCUUCCUCCUCCUGCCGCUGCUGCUGUGCUUGCGAGGGAUCCAGCCCGGCCCGAUUGCCUCGGAGCAGGAGGCGGUUGCCACGCCGCCGCCUGUGCCCUAGUGACAUGGAGGAGGCCCCUUGGAAGCCGCUCCUGCCACUGCCGCUCCCUCAAGCGACAGUGGCUCGGCGGCCGAGGGACAGGAGGAGGAGGCGGAGCCAUAGGGUUUAGUGGCUCGUUGCAACCAGCCGGCGCCCGAGAGGCCGGCGCCCUGGCACAACGAGCCACUAGCCCCUAUGGAAAGGACGCCUCUGUCCCCAACACCAUGGGGCACUGCCACUUAUCAAUAGGAAGAGGGGCGCAGCACAUGGUGGCAGAAGCAUCAGAUUGGCUUACCUGCCGCACGCCAAUCUCUCUAUGCCUCACCCCUUUUCCUGUCAGUUGUUGUUGUUGUUUAGUCGUGUCCGACUCUUCGUGACCCCAUGGACCAUAGCACGCCAGGCACUCCUGUCUUGCACUGCCUCCCGCAGUUUGGUCAAACUCAUGUUCGUAGCUUCGAGAACACUGUCCAUCUUGUCCUCUGUCGUCCCCUUCUCCUAGUGCCCUCAAUCUUUCCCAACAUCAGGGUCUUUUCCAAGGAUUCUUCUCUUCUCAUGAGGUGGCCAAAGUAUUGGAGCCUCAGCUUCACGACCUGUCCUUCCAGGGAGCACUCAGGGCUGAUUUCCUUAAGAAUGGAUAGGUUUGAUCUUCUUGCAGUCCAUGGGACUCUCAAGAGUCUCCUCCAGCACCAUAAUUCAAAAGCAUUUCCUGUCAGUAAGCAGCAGCAAUCCAUGCCUUUGGGAAGCUAGGAGAGCAAUGCAGCCUCACUGUUGCCACCUGCUGGCCGCUACCACAGAUACUGGAGCCCAGAAAAUCUUAUUGCUGCAUAAAGUUUACAUCCUAAAGAUUACUGCACUGUUCCCUUAAAUGGAAGGUAGAGCGGUUCUCUGUAAAGAGGGCAAAGAUUCCUGCAUUGCAAGGGCUUGGACUAGAUCAUCCUAAUGGUCCCUUCCAACACUACAAUUCUGCAAUUCUAAGUGGGUUAUCAAUCUUGAGAGAUUCUUGGGAGAGAUUCUUUUACAGAGGAAUAUUGUGCUGCUAUUCCUGUUAAUCCCUGCCUGCUUGUCCCUUGCUUCUGUGAAAAAGGAAUCACUUUAAUCCUACCCUUUCCAAAUACCAUUGCCUUAUAUAUAUAUAUUUCUUCCACUCCCCUAAAUGGCAGCUGUGGGGCAGGGGGCUAUGAUCCAGAGUGCAAAGGAGUUAAUUUACCAUUCCCCUACACAAUGGUGUCCCAAACAUUUGGGUCUGGGGAAAUGGGGACGGACCAGUUAGCUAAAGAGUGUUAGAAGUCUAAAAGCAGAGUUGCUGUUCCACUUCCAGCUUAAAACAGAACAACAAUGAUUGUGUGCUACCAAGUUGUCCCAGCCUGGAAGCACCCUUAGAGAGAUGUAUUUUGCUGGAUUCAAGUUCUUUUAUUCUACUCACAGCCUGAUUUACAUGCCUCUUCAUCUUCACUUCUGAAGUGCAUUGUUUUCUGGAUGCCCUAUCAAUUCUCUCUUCCUUCAAUGGGUGUACACUUGACAGGAAGAAGAAGCUUAAUUUGAAUCCUGAUAGGAGCCAGGGAUCUUGUGUCUCUGCUGCUACACUCAUCUGUAGUCCCCAAGAGAGAUGUUGCAAUAGGACAGUCCUUAGUGCUGCUUUUCAUUUUUUAUUAAUCUUGAAACUUGACACAUUAACUUUUAUGGUUUAAGGUAUUUCGGCCAAUUUGCUGAGAGGCAGAAAGUUUGGUUGGUGUAAAACAAGCUUUUAACUCCUGUAAUAGAGCCAAAGUAAUGACAAACCAAAGGGAUAAAUAGUACUUCUAUAUGCUUGAAAGCGGGGCAUGGACGGCAGGUUCUUCUGAUAAAUGCCGCAAUGUUUGCUGUGCCCUGUAGCCUUUGGCUGCUCACACCCUGGACAUUUAGUGGGAAAUCAUCAUGCUACAUUCCCGCACAUGGAGGAGGAUGGGGGUUCCCAUCCAUUUAUAAUCCUGUACUCUUGGCUCCUUUGGCUCGCCCUAAAAAUAUAUUUCUGGCAGGUUUUCUUGAUCAGGUUGUGCUCUUUGAAAAGUGAGUAGUACACUCCGAACUGAAAAGGGGAUUUAGGCCUCUCUUUAACACGGGGGUGAGGGGAAUUCCUGGAAAUGGGGCAAACACCCUCUCCCCCCCCCCUUAUCUGCUUUGCCUGACAGUGUUUGUCAAAUGAAUUUCACAGAGAAAGGGAAGAAUGAAGGUCAGCAGAGCUUGAUUUUUUGGCAGGCAAGCCCUUGCAACUUUUAACUGUUAGGCCCCAUCACACUCUGCUUUCCUAACCAGAGCCGAGAGUGUGAUAUUAGCACAUUAGCCCAAUAAAGACUCGGGGGUUAUAAUGGAAUACCAGUAGAUUUAAGGGCAUCUUGCUCUGGUUAAGAUGAGACCUAAACUCUCUAAAGUGGGUGGUUAACCCAGACCCAGGGGACUGGAUUCCCCCCCCUCAUUUUUUUCUUUGCCCUACUCUCAGUCAAGACCCCACUGAUGGUGGUAACAACAAAAACAGAGGGGAAUUAAAGUAGACACAGGGCUGGAGUGGGUGGAAAAAGUUUAAACCUCUUCACCUAGUGACCUGAAGUCUUGACCUUAUUGUCACAGGGCGGCUUAUGCCCAUGUACUUAUGACACGGCAAAUUAUAGGGAACAUGGGAAGGCUGCCUGGGCCACCUGCCUACUUGCUCUGCUGCCUUGCUCACUCAUGCUGCUGGCCUACCUAUUUCACUCAUUUGUUCUGCCUACCCACUGCUGUCAUGCUGCUCACAUGGCCACCUACUGGCAGCCGUGCAAACUUCAGUGUGAUGACUUUCUUACAAAAAUAUUAGAUAGGUAGAUAAAUAGAUGAAGGUUUGUGGGUGGGUGCUGUUGUAGCCAUCCAUAUUCUACUCAGAAUAAACCCAUGGAAAGUGGCAGAUGCAAGCUGGUCAUGUAUAUUAAUUUCAGUGGGUCUACUCUGAUUAGAACUAACUGCCUACAACAGGGGUCAGCAGACCUUUUCUGCAGGGGGUCAGUCCACUGUUCCUCAGACCUUUGGGGGGGGGCUGGACUAUAUUUUUUUGGGGGGAUGAACAAAUUCCUAUGCCCCACAAAUAACCCAGAGAUGCAUUUUAAAUAAAAGCGCACAUUCGACCCCUUGGUGGCUUUCACCCCUAGAAUUAGUUGCUGUUAAAAGAACUAACAUGGAUAGUAAUUGGCCCACUUAUAGAUCUCUAUUAGAAGAAAGUGAGGGAAUUCUAAAAUUAAAAGAAUACGCAGAAAUAAAACACUUAUUGACCACCUGGCUGCAAUAUUUUGAAAUAAAUCAAAGACUGCAAAUUGACAAAAAAUUGGGGUUCGAUGGGGAAAUGUCAAAAUUAGAGGAAAUAUUAAUAGUGAAUAACAACAAAUAUAUAAAAAAAUUAUAUCAGAUAAUUUUAAAAUGGAGAACUGAAGAAGAAAUGACGAAGGAUUUUAUGAUUAAGUGGGGUCAAGACCUGGGAAAAGCUAUCCCAAUGCAGAAAUGGGAAAAUUUAUGGGAAAAAGAUUUAAAUUUCACGCCCAAUUACGAUCUUAAGGAAAACAUUCUGAAAAUGCAAAAUAGAUGGUACUUGACCCCACUAAAAAUGUCUAAAAUGUACCCAGGGACCAGCAAUCUAUGUUGGAGGUGUAGAAAGGAAGUCGGAACAUUUAUCCACAUGUGGUGGAAUUGCAGUGUAAUUAGAGAAUUCUGGGAAAUGUUGUAUAAGGAAUUAAAGAAAAUGUUAAAGUAUUCCUUUAGGAAAAGCCCCGAAAUGUUCCUCCUUGGAAUGAUACCUGAGGACAUCCAACCAAGCGAUAGAUGUACAGUUAGCUAUGCGGUAGCAGCCGCCAGGUUAUUAAUUGCAAAAAACUGGAAAACCCCGGAAAUUCCAAGUAAAGAAGAUUGGCAAAUAAAAUUAUUUAAUUAUUACAACUUGGCGAAAAAUCAUGAAGAAAUUAGAGGGGAAAAUUCAGAGGAGACCAUAAAAAUAUGGAUACCAUUUAUUAAUUAUAUUAAGAAUAAAUUGGAAUAACCAAACAUAAUCUUAGAUGUCUAACAAUUCUGUCAUAAAUAAUUUACCAAGAGAAUAUACAAUUCUGCUAACAUAAUAUGUAUAUAUAUUUUUCUUUUGGUGUUAUGGAAUGAAUUAAGGUAUGUAACGAAUAAGUGGAAUACAUAAGGAUAAGCUAGAAACAGGAUGAGAAGCGCAGGAGGUGGGACAGGGGAGGGGUGGGGGGAAAGGGACGAAGUGGGCUCAACAAUGAGAUGAGACAAAUGUUUUUAUUGAUUUUAUUGGUUUGUAUUGUUUUCUCUUUUUUGAUACUAAUAAAGUUUCUUUAAAAAAAAAAGCGCACAUUCUACUCAUGUAAAAAUCCGCAGGCCGGAUUUAGAA